AUGUGCCGGGACCUGCAGGCAUUGCGGAACACCGCGGGGGCUGGUCCUCAUGUGGAGGGUGUUUUCCAGCAUCGUGCUUCCCAUCCAGAAGUGGAGCAGCGGGCUCCCUGCCCCAGGCACACCACAGCCGGGGCAGCUGGACCUGAACAAGCAGGGUGGAAAGAGCUCAGAGAAACCCCUUACCUGCCAGCCCUGUCUCCUGCUUACCUGAGUGGCCCCCGGUGUCGACGGCUGUCCCAAAGAGCAGCACAUACUCGAGCAGCACCAGCAUGCUCGUUACAACCCGCUGCGGGAUGGCUGGGUGCUGGUGUCGGCCCACUGGGUGAAGUGCCCCUGGCAGGGGCAGCUGGAGAAGCUGCCCCCGAGGAUGUGCCCCUCUGGGACCCCAACAACCCCCUUUGCCCCGGGGCCACCCGGGCCAACGGCAAGAUCUUCGAGAACAAGGGAGUGAUGAUGGGCUGCUCCAACCCAUACCCCCACUGCCAGGUAUGCGCCAGCAGCUUCGUCCCAAAUGAGGUGCGCCUGGAGGACCGGACCCAGCAGCAGCACCUGACCCAGCACAGCAUGCCCAUGCUGCUGGAGUAUGGUGAGCAGGAGGCUCACUGGAAGGCUGCAUCUUCCUGCCUCUGCAGCAUGCUCCUACAACCACUAAAGGGCUCACCCUCCUCCUAGUCCAGUCUUACUGGUGGGGAGUGCUGCCUGCCCCGUGGAGGGGCACAGCCCUCCUGGCCAAUAAAACCUGGAAGCAAAGUG